AAAACAAGUCGACUUUAUAAGCCAUGUCAUUGGCUUGCUAUCACAUCUGUCGGUCAUGGCACCGAAACUGGGUUAUUGGAAAAUCAGAGGCAAAUUUAUUGAAAAGAAAAAACUUCAUAUUGUGCAGAUGUUGACAGAUGUUAAAGCAUCGAUUUUUAUGUAUUUUGAUUAUAAUUUCCAAGUCUUAUCGUAAGUUGGAAAGAUCUGCAAAAGAAAGAACAGGUUGUGUUAUUGAUUGGGCACGUGUAUAUAAUUACAAAUGCAGUUAAAAUCAAACAGGCUUCUCAACACUCACUCAGCGAGUUUCCCAUGCAAGUUAGAAAAUAAGCGCAUGUUUAAAAAAUGCUUUCGAAAACGAAGUUGAACAUGAAAUGUUUAUUCCACUGGUAAUGACUGUGCUGUUACAGUUGGUGGGAUCUCAUUACAACUAAUUUCAAUGUUGACUGCUAUUAAUGCAACGUAAAUCACUGCCAAAGUCAGUUACCUUUGGUCAUCCUUUCACUACCAGACUGACUAAAUGAAACUCGCACAACCAAUUAGACUUCUUCUGGAAUAUCUUGAAGAAACAUAUGAGGAACAUGCAUAUGAUCGCAAUGAAGUUGAUGCCUGGCGCAACGAUAAAUUUAAAUUGGGCCUGGAGUUCCCCAAUCUUCCUUAUUAUAUUGAUGGUGAUUUUAAAUUAACACAAUCUAUGGCUAUCAUACGUUAUAUAGCUGACAAACACAACAUGUUAGGGGCUUGUCCAGAAGAACGUGCAGAAAUUUCGAUGCUUGAAGGAGCGAUUUUAGAUAUUAAGACGAGUAUUUGGACAAUUGCAUGCAAUAAGGAAUAUCAAACACUCAAAGUUGAUUUUCUCAACGAACUUCGUGAGAAGCUGAAAAUGUUCGAAGAUCAUCUGUCUAACAAAACGUAUUUGAACGGUAACUGCGUAACUCAUCCUGACUUUAUGUUAUACGACACUCUUGAUGUGGUUUUAUACAUGGACUCACAGUGCUUGAACGAGUUACCAAAAUUAGUUUGUUUCAAACAAUGUAUUGAAGAUUUACCACAAAUUAAGAACUACUUAAAUUCUAGCAGGUACAUAAAAUGGCCUCUGCUAGGUUGGAGUGCUACGUUUGGAGAUGGAGAUACUCCUUCAAAUUAAAUUAACAGUAAAUCUUCUGGUAAAUAAAAUUUAAAGCCUGUUAUAUUUGUACUAAAUAAAAAAUAACAAUAAAAUUCUGAACUGCUCUUUUUUG